CUUCAAACAUAGCUCGAUGUGCAAGUUUAGAUGAUGGCAAAAUUUCAAAUAUGAAGAGCCAUGAUUGUCAUGUAUUUAUGCAAGACUUGCUUAUACCUGCUUUCCAAGGCAUCUUGCCUAAGGAGGUUCUAGAACCUUUAGCGGAGCUUAGCUUAUUUUUUAAGCAGUUAUGUUCCAAAACUUUAAGAAUUGAUGUUUUGGAAAAGAUGGAAAAGAGCAUUGCGGUUACUCUUUGCAAGCUUGAAAAGCUAUUUGUUCCUUCCUUUUUUGAUAUAAUGGUCCACCUCCCAAUCCACUUACCUCGUGAAGCCAUGCUUGGAGGUCCAGUACAAUGUCGUUGGCAAUAUCGAUUUGAAAGGGAAAUGCAUACAAUGAAACCAACUGUCCAAAACAAAGCUCACCCGGAAGCCUCUAUUGCCGAGGCUCGCAUUGCCGAUGAAUGCUCUGCCUUUUGCUCUAGAUAUAUAAGUGGAAUUGAGACAAAGUUCAACUGUAUGGGUAGGAAUGACCAGGAUAAGAACCAAUCUUCAGAGUUUAUGCUAUCAAUAUUCCAAAAUAAGGGAAAUGCAAUGGGCAAAAGAACUUUCAAGCAGUUGAGUUUUGUGGAUUGGAAGCAAGCCCAAUUAUAUGCUCUUAUGAAUUGUCCAGAAGUGCAACCGUUUAUAAGAGAGUAUGACAUCAUACAUGAGCCUAAACAAAGUUUAGUUGAGUGGUUCCAAUCUCGGAUAUGGAAGCUUCAUGUGGAGAAGGAUCCAAGAGUAACCACCGAGUUAUUGUCAUUUUCACGAGGACCAAGUAAGAGUGCUCGAAGCUUUCAAGGUUACUAUGUGAAUGGGUAUCGCUUUCACACUAAAAAGCGUCAACGUAGGAGAAAGACGCAAAAUAGUGGAGUUGUAGUUAAAGGAGAUGAAGCGAGUGACCAAAGAGAUUUUUAUGGAGUUUUGAAAGAAGUUUUAGAGCUUGAAUACGAUGCUCCAAAUGGUGGGGAAAAACAACCUAUUGUGGUGUUAUUUAGAUGUGUGUGGUUUGAUGUUUAUAGUGAUGGUCGUGGGAUCAAAAUAGAUAAGUUUGGCACUACUAGUGUCAACAUCAGGAGAUUUUUAGGGACUAAUGAGCCAUUUGCUUUGGCAUCUCAAGUAGGACAAGUUUAUUAUGUUAAGGCACAUAAUGAACCGGAUUGGAGAAUUGCAAUUAAAACUAUCCCUCGAAAUUUCUAUAAUUUUCCCAUUGUUGAGGAUGAUAUUGGUGAUUAUGAGCAUGAUGAUAAUGGAAUGGAUGUCGAAAUGCCUAACAUGGUUGUGGAUGAUGGAGAGGAUGAUGAACUCUUACCGAGAUUAGAUGUCCCCCCGGAAAUAGUGAGUGAUGAUGACGAUGACAAUGAUGAUGAUGAUAAUGAUGAGGAGGAGGAGGAGGAAGAGGAAAGCGAGCAAGAUGAAGAAAGCGUUCAAGAAGAUGGUGACGAAGAAGAAGAUAUAAUUACUAGUGUAUAUGAUUUAGACUCAUGUAGUGAUUGAUAUGUAAAGUUCCUGUUACAGUUUCUCAUGUAGUGAUUGAUAUUUGUGUUUUCAGUGAACUAAUAUUUGCUAUUAUCAUAUUUGUUUAUGUUUAUUUGUAA